ACUUGAACAGUACUCAAACGCUGCAAUAAUUGAAGAUAAUAGAAAAUGAGUGGAUGAAAGUCAGUUGCCGUUUCAAAAAAUCAAAGACCUUUGUUAUGAUUAUUACCCAAAAAGAAGAGUGAAUGUCUUGCGGCAGUAAGCAUCUCUCAUAUUCCUAAAGAGCGACCAAGAGGAGAUCUAGUUCCUUGACGCCAUCAAGAGAAACAAUUAUGGCGGCAGAAGCCAUAGUUGGGGAACUUACGUCUUUUGGUAUACAAAAGCUUUGGGACCUACUAAGCCAAGAAUGCGAGCGAUUUCAGGGAAUCGACGAACAAGUUACUGAACUAAAACGUUAUCUAAACUGGUUAAGCUGUUUUCUGAAAGAUGCGGAUACAAAGAAGCAUACAUCUGCGAUGGUGAGAAAUUGUGUUAAAGAAAUACAGGACAUUGUUUAUGACGCGGAAGAUAUAAUUGAAACAUAUCUUCAAAAGGAAAUACUCGGAAAAGCAGGCACCAAGAAUCGUAUCAGAAGGCUUGCUUGUAUUAUUCCAGAUCGCAGGCAAGAUGCAUUAGAUACUCGAGGCAUACUUACGAGGAUCUCCACGGUUAUAAGUGAUAUGGAGGGGUUUGGUGUAAAACGAAUGAUUGUGCAGACUAUUACUGAUGGAGGGUGUAUUCCGCAACAUCAACGUGGUAUUCAAACAUUUUCUAAGGACCAUGAAAGUGAUUUUGUGGGCUUGGAGGCAAACGUUAAGAAAUUGGUUGAACUUUUAGUGGAGAAAGAUGACAUUCAAAUUGUUUCUGUUACCGGGAUGGGUGGUCUUGGUAAAACAACCAUUGCUAGCCAAGUCUUUAAUCAUGAGGAUGUAAGGAAUCAGUUUGAAAGACUCGCAUGGGUGUGUGUCUCACAGGAGUUUACCCGGAUAUCUGUGUGGCAAACGAUCUUGCAGAAUCUCACAUCUAAAGAAAGGAAAGGUGAAAUACAGAAUAUGAACGAAGUUGAACUCCAGGAUGAACUCUUUUCAUUGCUGGAAAAAUCCAAAUCACUGAUUGUCUUUGAUGACAUAUGGAAAAGAGAAGAUUGGGACAAAAUCAAGCCAAUUUUUCCACCCAGAAAAGGUUGGAAGGUGCUACUUACUUCUCGAAAUGAUGGUGUCGCAAUGCAUGAUGCAACACAUGUCAAAUUUAAACCAGAAUUCCUAACUGAUGAAGACAGUUGGACACUUUUCGAAAGAAAAGCAAUGCCAAGAAAAGAUGAUCCUGAAUAUAAGGUUUAUGAGAAGUUGGGUAAAGAAAUGGUCAAACAUUGUAAAGGACUACCAUUGGCUGUCAAAGCGUUAGGCGGUUUGUUAAAUGAAGUAAAAAGAGUGGAUUAUUGGGAAAGAUUAUCAACGAAUAUUGGAUCUCAUAACGUGAUUGGAAGAACCAGCGCUAACGAUAACUCUAUUGACCGUGUAUUGUCUCUGAGCUUCGAAGAGUUGCCUGGUUAUUUGAAGCAUUGUUUCUUGUACCUUGCUCAUUUUCCAGAAGAUUAUGGAAUACAGGUAGAGGAUUUGGCAUAUUACUGGGCUGCAGAAGGAAUACCACGGCAUGGAGAAACCAUUAGAGAGGCCGCAGAUGGAUAUAUAGAAGAAUUGGUGAAGAGAAACAUGGUUAUUUCUGAAAGAGACGCUAUAACUUCAAGAUAUAAAACAUGUCAGUUGCAUGAUGUGAUGAGAGAUCUUUGUCUACUUAAAGCUGAAGAAGAGAAUUUCGUACACGGUGUUAAGAUAAGUGCCUCGACUGCGACCUCUCAAUCUCCUUGUAAAUCUCGCAGAAUCGCAGUACACGGGAGUAAUGAUGAAACAUAUCUUCACGAAGGGGAUAUUCCGAAUCCAAAACUUAGAUCUCUCUUGUUUAUCAGAUUCCGCAUGCAAGAUAUGAUGUUAUCACGUAAGUGCUUUUCAAGGCUACAGUUAUUGAGGGUUUUAGAUCUCUAUUUUCCGAAGUUUAAAGGAGGGAAAUUAUCAUCUAGCAUUGGUAAGCUUAUCCACUUGAGAUAUUUGAGUUUACGUGGAGCAGAAGUACACAAUCUACCUUCUUCUAUGUGCAACCUGAGGAAGCUGCUCUAUUUAAACCUAGAUGUCUCUUGUAAAUCUCUAAUCUACAUCCCCAAUAUCUUUCAAGAGAUGCGAGAGUUGGCAUACCUCUAUCUUCCUAAGGAGAUGGAUAAUAAAACAAAGUUGGAAUUAGGUAAUUUGAUCAACCUAGAGACGUUGAAGAAUUUCGCAACAAAGCAUAGCAGUGUGAAGGAUCUUCAACGAAUGACAAGGCUCGAGGAUCUUUCAAUCUUAUUCAGCGGCGAUGGGUAUACGAUGAAAACUCUAUCCUCAUCUUUAAGUGAAAUGAGGCACUUGGAAUAUCUUGCUAUAGAAGAAGGUGUUAAUGCUCCCAAAAAUGACGAAGAAGGAUUUGUUUUGGAUUGCGUUCAUCUCAAAAUUCUGGAGAUGAAGAUAUAUAUGCCAAAGUUACCUGAUGAACAACACUUCCCUUCUCACCUUACAACCAUAACUCUAACUGAUUGUCGUUUGGUAGAGGAUCCGAUGCCAAUUCUAGAAAAAUUGGUUCAGUUGAGAUCUGUUCAUUUACAUAGUCAAUCUUUCAGUGGGAGGAGAAUGGUGUGCUCUGGCGGUGGGUUUCCUCAAUUGCGUGGUCUUACAAUAUUUGGACUAGAGGAAUUGGAAGAAUGGAUAGUAGAAGAAGGCUCCAUGCCCCUUCUUCGUGGUCUGUGGAUCUGGGGUUGUUCAAAAUUAAAGCAGUUUCCUGCUGGUGGGUUUCCUCAAUUGGAAAUGCUUAGUUUAUCUGAUUUAGAUAACUUGAAAGAGUGGAUAGUAGAAGAAGGCUCUAUGCCCCUUCUUCAUUUUCUUGACAUUUUGGAUUGUCCAAAACUAAAGGAGCUUCCUAAUGGGCUGAGAGUCAUUUAUUCUUUAAAGAAACUGACUAUGGACGAGGAUUGGGAGGAGAGAUUAUCAGAAGGAGGAGAAGAUUAUCAGAAAUUUAAACACAUUCCUACUAUUGAAUUUAGGGCUAAGAGAGAGCGUUUCAGCAAUUACUGACGAGACUUGUAUAAAGGUAAGUGAAAAUGUGAAAUGCACAUGAAGAGCUGCAGUGAUGGUGUUCGACGAAAUGCCUAACUGGCACUUACAUCUCCGGCACUGCACUGUUUUGGUCAAUGAGCUUCUUCUGAAGAGAGAUUGAGGGUUUUCACGAAUUCUGUCUGGUAUGACAAACUCAUAUCAUAUCUAUCCAUUACUUCGUUAAUUUAGAAAGCUGUGGCAUGUCAUUCUUCAAUUUGAAUAGUUCUCUUUUUGUUUUAUUUUAUUUGUGUGUUCCCAAGCAACUCGGCUUGACUGCUACAAUCUUUAUCUUUGUUUAAAACUUUGUAAUAACUUCGGUAGCUGCUUUGAACUUUUGAUUUACUAUUUCUUGCAAAUGGCCCCUGAUUAAUAAAUUAUGCACUCUCAACUAUUCA